CUCGGUCACACAAACAAGUUUAACAUACCCGUGAUUUGAUUUGUAUCUGUUUUUGCAAACAUGAAACUGUUGAAAGAUUAUCUGCGCCGAACUUGUAUAUUUUUUUGUGUCCAUUUUUUUCCUUCUUUUUUUUCAAUACCAGUUUCUAUAACACAGCAGAACGCAUCGCAAUCAGCUGAUUCUGCAGACGCCGUGUUGAGUAGCCAGAUUUUAUCAUAUUUUUCAGAAUACUUUAUUGAAUGUUUUAAUUACAAUCUUAGUAGAUUAGUUCAUCAUCGAAAAUAUGAUUGUGCCUAUAAAGCCCUCACGUAUGUUUCUCAGUAGAUUAUAAUUCUAGAAUCUACGGGAUUUAUUAUUAGAGACACCAAUAAGAUAAAAAAAAUUGCAAAGACAACCGGACGAAACUUCUCCCAAAUUGAACGAAGAUUUAAGAACCUUCUUGGGGAGCUCCUGGCUUGCACGGGUUCGUGUGACAGAAUAAGGAAGAUUGAUUUCUGGUUGAAACACAGCCAAUUCCUCGAAAUUCUUGAAGGAGGAAGGCAAGAGCUGGUGUUCUCCUCGUAUUCAGUAAGACACUGCCCAAGCCUAAAUUUCACUCAUGGAGAGCAAUGGUAACAACUCUGGCUUCAAUAUGGAGUCCCUAUGCAGUGCCAGCGGUGACAAAAAGCAGGACCAAAUCCUUUUGCAACCCUUUACCUAUGUCCUCCAAGUCCCAGGGAAGAUGAUUAGAGGGAAGUUAGCCCAGGCCUUCAAUUACUGGAUGAGAAUACCUGAGGAUAAGCUAAUGGUCAUAUCUGAGGUUAUCCACAUGUUGCAUAAUGCUAGCCUUUUAAUAGAUGACAUAGAGGACAAUAGUGUUUUACGACGAGGUAUCCCUGUGGCACAUAGUAUAUACGGAGUUGCAUCAACCAUCAACUCGGCUAAUUACGUUUAUUUUCUGGGCCUAGAGAAAGUUCUGGCCCUGAAUCAUCCAAAGGCAACAACAGUGUUUUGUGAGCAGCUGCUGGAGCUCCAUCGAGGGCAAGGAAUGGAGAUCUACUGGAGGGAUUCAUUUACUUGUCCGUCAGAGGAAGAAUACAGACAGAUGACCAUACGGAAAACGGGUGGAUUAUUUGGCUUAGCUAUUUGCUUAAUGCAACUUUUCAGUCAAGUUCAGGAUGACUUUUCAAGAAUCACAGGAAUUUUGGGACUGUACUUUCAGAUUCGUGAUGACUAUGCAAAUCUUUGCAUGAAAGAG